AUGCCUGAAACCCUUUCAUCUUAUCGUAUUGCGAAGAAAAUGAUUCGCCAUUUUAGUAAUAUUACAUUCCUUCGUACAUGCAAGUCACACAAAGUUAUACCCUACGGCCUACGUGCAACGAAUGUUCUCAUCAAUACUUCCAAGUCACCGCUAGCAGAAAAGUUGGUUUUAAAACACAGCAGACAAUGGUUACAACUGGCAAUUGACACCCAAUAUACACAACUUUCUAAAAUUCGUCGCUAUGUGUUCCCGCUAGUUUAUCAAGAAGACCGAGACAUAGUCCAGCUUCAAAACUCCCUGAACCGUACUAAAGAACGCAAGCUCCAACAGUUAUUGUUUCGAAAUCGGAAAGAACCUAAAACAACCAAGUCUAGACCACAAGGCUUUAAAAAUUUAUCAUCCGAAAC